AUGGAUACCAAUCCGAAUCCAAAGGACUCUAUGAAGUCCACCUGGCGUGCUGGCAAUCAGGCGGAAUGGACAUUCUACCACCAGCUCAUCGACUACCUGGAUGUUUACCCUACCCAUCUUGACCAGGAGGUGCCAGUGCACUUAAAAGAUGAGAAGGUGCCAUAUUUGCCUCACUGGUCGAUGCAUCGAUUUGUGCUCUUUUAUUCUGCGAUCCCGCUCCUCCUUCAUCAGGUCUACUCCGCCUAUACUGGUAACGCUCUCAGGCCGUUCGUCGUGUUUAACUGGUAUUUCUUUUGCUUCAACGCGAUCGUGAUCUACGAGGUGCAUGUUCUCCGAAAGCUGGGACACCAGUACGGCUUUUUGGAUGGCGACAAGCACGAACGCGACGGCAUUCCGGACGUAGGCGUAGGCAAGGCUGUCCGAUCGCUCUACAUGACGACUGGCUCGCGCCUGGCCAUAUCGGUCUAUCUUUCCUACAACUCCAACCUGCUUCCCUCAGACCUGAGCUGGACAUGGCUUCCUCUUGAGAUUGGCCUCUACAGCAUUGUCCUCGACUUUUGGUUCUACUGGUACCACCGUUCGAUGCACGACGUGAGCUUCCUCUGGAGGUUCCACCGCACGCACCAUCUCACCAAACACCCCAACCCGCUGCUUUCUGCGUAUGCCGACCACGAGCAAGAAUUCUUCGAUAUGGUCGGAGUUCCGUUCAUGGCCUACAUGACCAUGAAGUGCUUUGGCCUCCCCAUGGGCUUCUACGAGUGGUGGGUCUGCCAUGUGUAUGUCGCCUUUGUUGAGGUUCUAGGACACAGUGGCCUUCGUCUCCAUGCAGGUGCCCCAUCCCCCCUGAGCUGGCUGCUGCGUAUGUUCGAUGCCGACAUUGUCAUUGAAGACCAUGACCUCCACCACCGCAAGGGCUGGAGGACGAGCCACAACUACGGAAAGCAGACCCGUCUCUGGGACCGCAUCUUCGGGACCUGCCACGAUCGCAUCGAGUCGGUCGAGGAUAACGUUGACUAUGUCAAUACCGCUACUUUACCUCUUUUCUAGUGAACUCAUCCUUAGGUACCAGCAGUAUUGACGACAUGAUCACGACUUAUAGAAACGUUCUAUAUACCAACUAACAAACAUUCAUAUAGACUGGGAUAAUGCGAUAUACCCAAGUUAUUAAUUUUCUUUCCAAUCAUUAUCCUUCGC